AUGAUCGUGCGUACGCUCCGAGCUCGCUGCACUUUCGUGCAAAAAUCCUCCAAUGCACUGAGAGCGUCUGUAUCCUCCCGAUGCUUACAGGUGUGCCAUCGUCCGCUGACACAAACGUGCGUGCGAUGGAAUUCUUCGGCGACGAAAGAAUCUGAACCAGUUGUUGCUGUGUCGGAAGCGAAUACCUCUGAAAUUGAUGUGAAGAUUGACUUAAGUACCAUCGGAGCGGAAAAAGCGAAGGUGCUUACUGUUGCAGACGUGUUGAACGCGCGUGAGAAGGAACUAGCUCUCAACAAAACGCUAUUUGACUUUGAAGAGUGGGAAAGCAUUGCUGGCACGGAGACGGUGCACGACGCAGUACUGGCGAUGGUCGGGCGCAACACUGGAUCCCUUAUCGUAACGGAGGCUCAUGAGGGGAUUGUCGGUAUUAUUACAGAGAGGGAUAUUCUAAAAAAGAUCUCGCCACGCACAGUGAUGACUGAGGAGAAACAUGUGCGCGAUGUCAUGUCUUCGCAUAUUAUGUGUAUCCAUCCCAGCACAACUGUCAUUGAUGCAUUAGCAACGAUGACAAAAGAGAAUAUUCGACACUUGGCAGUUGUGAAUGGUGACAUGGCGAGCGCUGUGAAGCGAGGAUCAGUGCAAGAAGAAGAUAUGCGCUGCGUGUUAUCCAUAACGGAUAUCGUCCGAGCGUAUGCAGAGUAUCAAUCUACAAAACGCAAGGAAGCGACAGCAGAAUCAUCGACUGACAUUGAAGCGGAGGUGGACAAGAAAGCGAUGGUUGCUGAAGGUGCUGACUGUGCGAAAACGGAAGCAUCGGUGCCAGUCGAUGCAGAAGCUACGAGGCCGUUUACUCCGGUAGUUACAGCGGCGGCGCUGCUAAAGAAGAAGCACAAACGCAUUCAGUUGAUUCUAAAUACUCGUCCGGAAGAUCACGUAACGGUGGCAGCAGCAGUGGAAGAGAUGGCAAAGCGCGAUUUUGGGGCCGUUUUGGUCGUUGACAAGGAUCAGCGAGUUCUUGGCAUCUUUACGGAGCGCGACUACAUUCACAAGAUUCUGUUUGAAGUGAAAGAUCCCGCUCAAGUGCUUGUGACGGACGUUAUGUCGCCGAUUACUUCGGUUCUGCAGCUUGAGGAUUCACUAGAAAAGUGUUGGGAUCUGGCAGCCACGUCAAAUUGUCGACACUUUCCUGUCAUUGGCGUCAUGCGUCAAGAUCGCGAGAAGGAACUUGCUGGUAUCUUGUCUAUCAAAGAUAUUGUUCGGGAGAUCUCGAAAGACCAUGACGCGACGCCUGGUUUUCGUCUUAUGGAGUUUCUCAAGUCCAAGAUGGAGCUCAAGCGAACUGAGCAUAAGCAUCCAGCGACUGAAUUAAAGUCCGAGACAACGGAAACAAAGACUGCAUCGUUGACCAAUGCGGUUUCUAUACAAGAACCGAAAGAAGAUGCAACGCGUGCGGUUUCCUCCGACACCAAGUUGAAGAACAGAGCAGAAGAACCUAUCGUAACCACUUAA